AUGAGGCAUUCGCGGAUUUAUCGAUGUGUGCCGAUUGCUUCCUUUAUUUAUUUAUUUUUUUUUUGGUUUUCGCACUUAAGGUUGAAGUUUACUUCUCUUCCGUUUUUAUUUAUUCCUUUUCUUUAUAACACGACUCAUGUGGAGUUUGUCUCAGUGAAGCCGAUGUCUAGUCACAGCAGUGAUGUGUACGUCAUGGAGGACGCAGAGGAGUCGCUUCGUACAAGCCCGGCAAACUCCCCACUUGAAGAUUUGGUGCGCUCUUCUUCCUUCACGUCUUUGGGGUCAUCCAAUGAGAAAUGUGGCCGUCACCCACCACCACCACCACCACUACCAGCGGCGACGGCACGUACUAUCUGCACAGUUGGCACAAACACAGAGCAGCAGGUGGAGGAAUCUGUGAGCAACCUGCUGCGGAGUGGCAUUAUGGGUCUUAUGCACACAAUUGCCGGGGAUGAAUUUGCCCAUCAUAUGCUGCACAAGAGUCGUCAGGAUAUUCAGCGAAGUUAUAUUGAGAGAGUUACAGGACUCGCUCAAAAUACAAUCAACGUUCUUCAUAAAUUGAUAGCUUGUCAGUCUUAUCCAAUGCACGGGAAGGAGUCAGCGUCCGAAAUUGCCGUGUUGGAUGAAAAGGCUGAACCUGAGUGGCUAUCGGAGCUGCAGAUAUCGAUAGCAAAGACUGAUGCUCUUCUUCAGGGUUUAACCGAAAAGAAAGAGACAUUGUUGACGGCCACAGAUGCAGCAGAAGCGACAUGUUCAAUUCCAACGAUGCCGGCUGCCAGGUCGAACGUGCGAUUUUCUGCUCGCAGCAG